CUCUCGCUCGCUCGCCAACUCCGGGCCCCAGCCGCGGGCGGGCGCACGGCGGGCGGACAGCAUGCUGAGCCUCCUCGUCUGGAUCCUCACUCUCUCCGAUACUUUCUCCCAAGGGACCCAGACCCGCUUCAGCCAGGAGCCGGCCGACCAGACAGUGGUGGCUGGACAGCGGGCCGUGCUCCCCUGCGUGCUGCUCAACUACUCUGGAAUUGUGCAAUGGACCAAGGACGGGCUGGCCCUGGGCAUGGGCCAGGGCCUCAAAGCCUGGCCACGGUACCGGGUCGUGGGCUCCGCAGACGCGGGACAGUACAACCUGGAGAUCACAGACGCUGAGCUCUCUGACGACGCCUCUUACGAAUGCCAGGCAACGGAGGCCGCCCUGCGCUCCCGGCGGGCCAAGCUCACCGUGCUCAUCCCCCCAGAGGACACCCGGAUUGACGGAGGCCCUGUGAUUCUACUGCAGGCAGGCACCCCCCACAACCUCACAUGCCGGGCCUUCAAUGCGAAGCCUGCUGCCACCAUCAUCUGGUUCCGGGACGGGACGCAGCAGGAGGGCGCUGUGGCCAGCACGGAGUUGCUGAAGGAUGGAAAGAGGGAGACCACUGUGAGCCAGCUGCUCAUUAACCCCACAGACCUAGACAUUGGGCGUGUCUUCACCUGCCGAAGCAUGAACGAGGCCAUCCCCAAUGGCAGAGAGACUUCCAUUGAGCUGGACGUGCACCACCCUCCUACAGUGACCCUGUCCAUCGAGCCACAGACGGUGCAGGAGGGUGAGCGUGUCGUCUUUACCUGCCAGGCCACGGCCAACCCUGAGAUCUUGGGCUACAGGUGGGCCAAAGGAGGUUUCUUGAUUGAAGAUGCCCAUGAGAGUCGCUAUGAGACAAAUGUGGAUUAUUCCUUUUUCACGGAGCCUGUGUCUUGUGAGGUUCACAACAAAGUGGGGAGCACCAAUGUCAGCACUUUAGUAAAUGUCCACUUUGCCCCCCGGAUUGUAGUUGACCCCAAACCCACGACCACAGACAUUGGCUCUGAUGUGACCCUCACCUGUGUCUGGGUUGGGAAUCCCCCCCUCACUCUCACCUGGACCAAAAAGGACUCAAACAUGGUCCUGAGUAACAGCAACCAGCUGCUGCUGAAGUCGGUGACUCAAGCAGACGCUGGCACCUACACCUGCCGGGCCAUCGUGCCUCGAAUCGGAGUGGCCGAGCGGGAGGUGCCGCUGUAUGUGAACGGGCCCCCCAUCAUCUCCAGUGAGGCGGUGCAGUACGCCGUGAGGGGUGACGGUGGCAAGGUGGAGUGUUUCAUUGGCAGCACACCACCCCCAGACCGCAUAGCAUGGGCAUGGAAGGAGAACUUCUUGGAGAUGGGGACCCUGGAACGCUAUACAGUGGAGAGGACCAACUCGGGCAGUGGGGUGCUAUCCACGCUCACCAUCAACAAUGUCAUGGAGGCUGACUUUCAGACCCACUAUAACUGCACUGCCUGGAACAGCUUCGGGCCGGGCACAGCCAUCAUCCAGCUGGAAGAGCGAGAGGUGUUACCUGUGGGCAUCAUAGCUGGAGCCACCAUCGGUGCCGGCAUCCUGCUCAUCUUCUUCUUCAUCGCCUUGGUAUUCUUCCUCUACCGGCGCCGCAAAGGCAGUCGCAAGGAUGUGACCCUGAGGAAGCUGGAUAUCAAGGUGGAGACAGUGAACCGAGAGCCACUCACCAUGCAUUCUGACCGGGAAGAUGACACCGCCAGCGUCUCCACAGCGACCCGGGUCAUGAAGGCCAUCUACUCGUCCUUUAAGGAUGACGUGGAUCUGAAGCAGGACCUGCGCUGUGACACCAUCGACACCCGGGAGGAGUAUGAGAUGAAGGACCCCACCAAUGGCUACUACAACGUGCGUGCCCACGAAGACCGCCCGUCUUCCAGGGCAGUGCUCUAUGCUGACUACCGUGCCCCUGGCCCUGCCCGCUUCGACGGCCGCCCCUCAUCCCGUCUCUCCCACUCCAGCGGCUAUGCCCAGCUCAACACCUACAGCCGGGCCCCUGCCUCUGACUACGGCCCUGAGCCCACACCCCCUGGCCCUGCGGCCCCCGCUGGCACCGACACAACCAGCCAGCUGUCCUACGAGAACUAUGAGAAGUUCAACUCCCAUCCCUUCCCUGGGGCAGCUGGGUACCCCACCUACCGACUGGGCUACCCCCAGGCCCCACCCUCUGGCCUGGAGCGGACCCCAUAUGAGGCGUACGAUCCCAUUGGCAAGUACGCCACAGCCACUCGAUUCUCCUACACCUCCCAGCACUCGGACUACGGCCAGCGAUUCCAGCAGCGCAUGCAGACUCACGUGUAGGGGCCAGAGCCUGGCUGGGGCAUCUCUGCGGGGCAGAGGAGAAGGCUUUCACAGCUGUUCCCUGAUAUUCAGGGGCAUUGCUCAUUGCUCCCUUCUCGGACCAGCCUUCCUCCUCCCACCGUGGCAGGUGGGGAGCAGGUCUCCCAGAAACACCCCGUCCCGAGGAUGGUGCUCUGUGCAUGCCCCAGCCUCCUGGGCCUGCCCUUCCCUCUUCUUCGGGAGGAUGUGUCCUCUUCUGACCUGCACUCUUGCCUGGCCCCAGAAUGGGGACAGGGAAAGUGAAGGUUGGGGAAGAGCAGAGGGGGCACUUUUUAGCAUUCCCUUUCUAUCCCACCCCUCUGAUCUCCUGUAAGUGGAAAUGGGGGUACCCAGGGGUGGGCAGACUUUGGCCUAGGGACAUGAAGUAUGGGAGGGGGUGGCGGUGGCACAGACGGGUGGAAACAGGAGAGGCUGGCCAGUCCCUCUGUUGUCGGCACUCGUGCCCUGGGGGCAUCUCUCCUUCCUCAGGGUACUGCAGAAGGGAGC